AUGUUCAAAAUCCUCUCGACUCUCGUGUUCGCCGCGGGUUAUUUCGGGUGUGCCCUUGCCGCUCCGGUUGGUCCCGAUUUCAACAAUAUUCAAUAUGCUCACAAUUUCUCGCUGACAUAUCAAAAUGGAAGUCUUGCCGGUUUGGACGCCAUCGAUUCCUAUCCAGACGUUGAUUCUCAAAUGGCUCAAAGUUUGAAAGAAGCGAUCAAUCGAGCUUUACCUGGUUAUUUGGAGUCGCACCAGCCGCAUUCUGUUCAACACGACCAGGAAGGAAGUGGCGUAGAAAUGGUCAGCGAUCAUUCAGUAAGAGCUCGCCGACAAGUUGAAGCUCCAGUUGAUCACGCCAUCAACGAGAACAAUAAUGUUGUUUCGAGCACUCAACCCUACGGAACUGACGAGGAAUUCUACGCAAGAACUGAUCUCAUUCACUUCCACGUCGAUAUUGAUGUGCCAGAAGGCAGUGGAGAUAAACCAUUCCCGAUGCCAGGAUUCAACUAG